CGCUCACUCAAUAGAUCUACAAUGUCCAAGACCACUGGUGCUCAGGGUAACAAAUUCCGGCUGACACUUGGUCUGCCAGUCGGCGCCGUCCUGAACUGCGCUGACAACAGCGGCGCCAAAACCCUUUUCGUCAUUGAGCCCUAUGGUUUCGGUGCUCGCCUGAACAGGCUUCCCGAUGCUGGUGUCGGCGACAUGGUCGUUGCAUCUGUGAAGAAGGGCAAGCCGGAGCUCAGGAAAAAGACCAUGCAGGCCGUUAUCGUCCGUCAGCGCAAGGCAUGGAGGAGACGAGACGGCGUGUUCCUCUACUUCGAGGACAACGCGGGUGUUAUCGUGAACCCGAAGGGGGAGAUGAAGGGAUCUGCCAUCACUGGCCCUGUCGCAAAAGAAUGCGCUGACCUUUGGCCACGUAUCGCUUCUAAUGCAGGCACUGUCGUAUAGGAGGCGAUUGCGUUUUCCGGUCUUGCUAUGUGUAGCCAUCGAUGACGAGUGUCAUCCAUCAGUCUAUGAUACGAUUGUUCGUGCCAUAUUUUGUUUGGGGGCGUUGAAAACUUGUCGGUUCGAUGCUGAGUGCCGUUCCCAGCAGUGUCAGCAUCGCUUCUCGGCAACAUUGACGUCCUGGAAGGAUGUUUAUAUUCUAUCCAUCGU